AACCGGAUCUUGGGGCAAUGGCGGCCGGGCCUGUCAACAAGAAAGUUCGGGCCCUGGGGACUGAAGGCUGGUCCAAAUGGUCCUCGCUCCAGGACGACCUUGUCCGCCGCAUCGCCAACUCCUUCCUUGCCUCCAACGACCUCGACCACUACAUGUGCCUCCGUGCCGUCUGCCCCAGCUGGCGCUCCGCCACCGAUGACCCCAAGGAUAACGCCUCCGACCCCGUUUUCCACCCGCUCCGGUGGAUCGUCCUCGACGAGGUAUUCCAAGGGGACGAUGACGUGCGGAUUCUGUUGAACACCCACACCGGGCGCUUCCUGCACAAAAAGCUGCCCCUGCUCCGUGAAUACUAUGCCGUGGCCACCACCCCCAGCGGAUUCUUCGUCUUGGCAGAGAAGACCCCUCCUCACAGAGCUCGUGUCUUCAACCCUCUCACCGGCUGCUUGACCUGUUUCCCAUGGCCGGUGCCCCUCGAGGCGGGGGUCGCCCAGGUCGGCCGUGAUGACGGCUUGUUCUGCCUCUAUUUUCUUGGUGGCUCGUCUCGCAAAUUUUACACGGCCGUUCCGGAAAUUGAAAGUGCCUUCUCUAGAGACUGUCAGCAAGAAGUUUACAAUACUUUCCGGGAUGUAGUCCUAGCUGGUGCCUACCCACAAUACAUCUCUGCACCGGCGUUGGCUGCUGCAUUUGUUCCGCUAUCCGAUCUUCUGAGUUCUCAUUCUGAUUUUGUCAAGUUUUUAUCGAGUGCUCUUCCUGAAUAUGAUGUAAACAACAUCCGGUUCCGGUGUUAUGUAGUGGGUUUGGCUGCACAAGUUUUUCUGCACGUCGAAAUGGAAGGAAGAAGGCCCAUUGUGUUCAAGAUGAACACCGAGAUAGGCAAGAUUGAGCCUGUCGAGAGCGUUGGCACAUUUACCAUCUUCAUUGGUUGCCACAGGUGCUUGACUGUGGAUGCUGAUAAGUUCCCUGCGAUUGAGGCAAACUGCGUCUACUACACACAACACUCGGGUUCGUUGGCUCACAUCUGCAAGUACAACCUCAGUGACAAGAAAGUAGAGAGGCUCUCUGAAGUUGCCGAAUUCGUGAAGGAGGACAAGCAGUUUGUCCUCGUCGCUGCCCGUCCUUUCACGAUCAUCCAGCUUCUCUGCAGCUACACAAUCAACCGAAGGGAUUCUGAACUGGCCUUGCAACAAAUGGUACAAGGCGCCGAGCAAUCUUGUUCCAACUUUGUGGAUGGUGAUCUUGAUGGCUGACGGUGCUUCCCUUUUGCUAAGUUACUCUUCAUAUUUCCUCUCUAGUCUUUUGGUUUGUUAGGCCUUGAGACGUUCUGGCCAAGAAAUAGGCUGAUUCUAGGUCAGAUCACCUGUCCAAUCUUCUGCUUAAUCAGCUCCUGCAUUUGCCUCGUUACUCUAAUUGGGCUUUGUUUAUUUUUGCAAUCUCUUGUUUGAAAGAAACAGGUUUAUUAUUUGCUCAUAUGUUG